AUGUCGUUCUCGGACGAUUCGCAUUCCAAGGCAGGAGACAUGUCAUCGACACCCAAGGUUGCCGAAGCUCAUGCUCAGGAUUCCGUUGAGGAUUCGGCCCGAAGACGCAGUUCUAUUAUUGAUGCAGAAAAGUCGCCAGGUGUUGUGAGGAUCGAGGCCAUCAAUGAAGUCCUCACAAGGAAAGACCGUGUUUUCCUCUUCAUUGGUGUCUUUCUCAUCGCGUACGCGUAUGGACUGGAUGGCACGGUUCGAUAUACGUACCAGACCACAGCCACUGCUUCUAUGGGCCAUCAUUCUCUGCUGGCCACGAUCAACACGCUUCGCGCUGUCAUUGCCGCCGCCGCACAGCCGACUGCAGCCAAAAUUGCCGACGUCUUCGGCCGACUGGAACUAGUCUUUGUCAGCGUGGUCUUCUAUGUCGUGGGAACCAUUAUUGAAAGCUGCGCGACCAACGUUGACGCCUUCGCUGGGGGCUCGGUGCUCUAUCAGAUCGGCUAUACGUGUGUGCUCUUGUUGGUGGAAGUUAUUAUUGCCGACAUCACCUCCCUGCGAGCUCGACUCUUCUUCAGCUACAUUCCUGCACUGCCAUUCCUGGUGAACACCUGGAUUAGCGGCAACAUCACUUCAGCCGUGCUGGGUGCGACAACAUGGAAAUGGGGUAUUGGGAUGUGGUGCAUCAUCUACCCAGUCUGUGCGCUCCCGCUUAUGAUAUCCCUCUACUUUGUUGGCCGGCGUGCACGCAAAGCUGGUGUCUUGGAGAAAUACAAAACGCCAUAUCAGAUGAUGGGUGCAAGGAGACUGACACUGGAGCUCUUCUGGGCCCUCGACAUUCCUGGUAUCAUCUUGUUGAUCGCGGUCUUCGCUCUCAUCCUUGUUCCCUUGACAAUUGCUGGAGGGUCAACGUCUUCAUGGGGUACUGCACAUGUCAUUGCGCCUCUUGUCAUUGGAAUUCUUUGUAUCCCGGUUUUUGUCUUCUGGGAACUAAGGGCACCUCGACCACUCGUGCCCUUCGACCUCCUCAAAGACCGUGGCGUCUGGGGAGCGCUAGGGAUCGCAUGCACCUUGAAUUUUGCCUGGUACAUGCAAGGCGACUAUCUUUACACAGUACUGAUCAUCGCUUUUGAUUUCAGCAUUAUGGGCGCCACCCGAAUCACUUCCUUGUACAGUUUUACAUCUGUCGUCACCGGCUUCCUUCUGGGCAUGGUGGUCUACAAGGUGAGACGGCUGAAAUGGUUUAUCGUGGCAGGAACUUGUCUUUUUAUGGUUGCAUUUGGACUGCUCAUUCAUUACCGGGGAUCUCCAAACUCCGCUGGCCAGUCGGGCGUCAUUGGCGCGCAGGUCCUCCUAGGUAUUGCCGGAGGCAUGUUUCCGUACCCGGCCCAGGCGUCGAUUCAAGCCGCGACCAAACACGAGCACGUUGCCGUCAUCACUGGUCUGUAUCUGGCAACGUACAACAUCGGGUCUGCUUUUGGUGGUGCGAUCUCCGGGACUAUCUGGACCAACGUGUUGCCAUCGACGCUCGAGGACAACUUGGCGCCGUUGGGAAAUUCGACCUUGGCUGCUGCGACCUAUGCCGACCCAUUCACAGUUGCAUACGAAUACCCUGUCGGCACCCCCGUGCGAGAAGCCAUCAUCGCCGCAUACCAACACGCACAGAGGCUGCUCUGCAUCACAGGAAUUUGUCUCUGCACCCUUCUGAUCGCAUUUGCCUUCUGUCUCCGAAAUCCUAAGCUGGGUGACGAGCAGAGCUUGCCUGAAGCGGAAGAAGAUGUGGUUCGUUGA